AUGGGAUUGCUUCUGGCGGCGGAGGGAUUUGGCCUCGACCUCGUGUUUCUCCUCGUCGCGGAGGUCCAGGAGGCGCUUCGAUCUCAGAGAUUUUUUUUUUCUCCCAUCGAUUUAGGGCACGGGUAUGUGGAGGAAGGGACUAUGACUUAUUUCCAAGGCUUACUUAUUGAAACCAAACACGAUAAUAUGAUGGAUAUGGGAAUCAGAGGGGAGGGGAAGGGAGAACAAGACGACGAGCGGCCGCCGGUUUUCAGCGUGGACCCGGUCGGGGGCCGUUCUGUGAAUUGGCAAGAAUUGGUGGCCUCCGGUGCAAUUUCACCAUCCCGAACAUUGUCGUCCCAAAUGCCGAAGGCGAAGAGGAGAAAAAAGCCGGACCCGGCCGGCGCAAGCGUCGUCCGGUCGGCUGGCCGGAAGGACCGGCACAGCAAGGUCUGCACCGCCAGGGGGACGCGCGACCGGCGCGUGAGGCUGUCACCCGGGACCGCCAUCCAGUUCUACGACGUCCAGGACCGGCUCGGCUACGACCGGCCGAGCAAGGCCAUCGACUGGCUCAUGAGGGAGGCCAAAGCCGCCAUCGACGCCCUGGACGCCGACCCGCCGCCGCCGCCCGCCGGUUUUAUGGGGAAUUACAGCCGCACCGCCGUGAACCGAGAGAUUCGGAAAAUUGAGCCGGAGAACAACGCGGAAUUGUCCGGUUUUGGCUGCAUUACCAGUGAAUAUCACCCGGGAUUUUCGCCGCCGGCCCUAUUAGCCGCUUCCGAUGCGAUAUUCGAUGCCAAUUUGGAAUUGGGUAAAAUGCAGAGGAUAUUGGCCUGGAAUUACGUCGCUGGGCCGGACCAUUUAGAUGGGCCUGGGCCUUCUGUAUUGGGCCGCGGCCAGAUCUCAAGGGAACCCCUUCAGUCCAGUUGUUCGAGAGUUGCGGAUUGUGAUAAUCUGAUGAGCGCUUUCGAUUUUUCCGAUGAUUUGCUGCCGGAUUUUGCUCCACCGGAGGAAAACGAAGUGGAAGACAUGAAUAGAAUCCCCGUUUCCGGCGAGCAAUCUUCUUUUCUGCAUUUUGAAGGAUAA